GCGCGCGUGCUGAUCCUUAUCGGGGCCACUGAGGCGCCUGUAUUCCAGACGCACCGUCUCGUCCGUGCCGCCACACCAACAUCGGAUCUCGCUGAAACACCUGUUGUCUUCACUGUUGUUGGCUACAUGCGGGUGCUAGCAGGCGUUAGCUGCGCUCCCAGCGCAAAAUGUUUCUUCCUCUCCGGUGGUCCCUGUGGCUGCUUCUGCUGGGCGCCGCGCUGCUGCUGGCGGCGCUGGUGUCGGUGCUGCUGCUCUACCCGCCGUCCCAACAGCGACCCGACAACGCCGCUGACAGGCGGCAGCUGCAGCGCGGGGAGGCGGUGCGCCUGCUGGUCGACACCGACGCGGGCGUCGACGACGCGGCGGCGCUGCUGCUGGCGCUGGCCACCCCGGGCGUGUCGCUGGAGGCGGUCACCUGCGUCCACGGCAACGCCGCCGUCCGGCAGGUCUGCCGCAACGUGCUCACCACGCUGCGCGCCGCCCACAGGCUCGACGUGGCUGUUUACGCGGGGGCGGAGCGACCCCUGGGAUUGCCGCCGCCGCCUACCGCCCCCUACUUCGGCGCGGACGGCUUCGGCGACCUGCAGCUAGACGAAGAUGCCUCGCCGGACCCCGACCGCUACGUGCGCGACCUCAACGCUUCCGACGCGCUCGUCCAGAUGGCUGCCAAGGAGCCUGGGAAGCUGUCGCUGCUGUGCCUGGGCCCGCUGACUAACAUAGCUCUGGCCGUGCAGGAGGACCCAGACUUCUUGUACAAUCUCAAGCACAUCGUCGUGCUCGGGGCCAGUGUGGAAGGGAUUGGAAAUGUGAAGCCAGGAGUUGAGUUUAAUUUUUACAUGGACCCCGAGGCUGCGAGUUUCAUUUUCGACACUUACAACACGUCCAGCGCAGAAAAGAAACCGAUAACGUUAGUCCCCUGGGAGACAAUUUUUUCCAGAAAUCACAUAACGAUGGGCUGGCGUAAGAGUGUGCUGGGCGCGGUGGGCGGUGAGCGCGUGUCGCUGCUGAACAGGGCGGAGCGCGCGCAGCUGGCGGCGGCGGCGUCGGACGAGGAGCCUUGGCUGAGCGGCGACCCCGUGGCGGCGGCCGUGCUGCUGCGGCCGGCGCUCGUCACCGCCAGCGGCCGCUACCGCCUCGCCGUCGAGGUGUCGGGCGCGCUCGCCAGGGGCGCUGCCUUCGUGGACUACAGCCGGGAGCUCAGCCCCAGGAACGCGCGCAUCGUGCAGCGCUUCGACGUCGACCUCUACAAGCGCUUGCUCCUGCAGACACUCUCACCUCGGCCUGAAACUCUCACGUAGCGGCCGCGGCUGUCGAUCUUUUUUCAUAAACGACAAGUUACAUACGAGGACAACAAACAGUGAAGGCACUUGCAACACGGUCGGCGUUUCAAACUGGUUGAUUGCUGGUGAAGUUAUGAGCUGUAAUGCUGCAUUUCAUUGCGUAUUAAGAAAGUAAAGGCUCAACAACCUGGAAUACUACUACCUUAAAACAGUAAACAGAGUAGAUGUGACUGCAUAUGGCAACAGGUGGAUUUAACACGUUGAUUAUUUAUUACAAAAAUCUAUUUUAAAGGCAUUACAGGUUUAUUGUAUUUAUAGAUACAUCUGUGUGUUUCACAAGAAACUAAUAUUUAAUAAAGAGAAAAGCCGA